GUCCUCUUUAUGAGAUAAAGCAAAGCGCAGAAAGUCCCUUUGGGUUAAGCCUUUUUGACACUAUCUUUGACACACACACACACACAUUGAAAAUGAAGGUUUUUCUCCUGGCGCCUCUCUGCUUUCUCUACACUGUCUCUGCUCUUGCACCUGCUCCUUUGGAAGGACUCCUCUCAAAUGGCAACUUUGAAGAGAAACCAAAACCCACUGACAUCAAGAAAACAGUGCUUCAAGGCAAAAAUGCACUUCCUAAAUGGGAAAUCAAUGGCUUAGUUGAGUACAUUUCUGGCGGACCACAGCCCGGUGGAAUGUACUUUGCCGUCCCCCAUGGCGUCCACGCCGUGAGGCUCGGGAACGAGGCCUCGAUUUCCCAAACAAUCCCAGUCAAGAAGGGAUCAUUAUAUGCACUUACAUUUAGUGCAUCAAGAACUUGUGCACAAGAUGAGGUGCUGAGGGUUUCUGUUCCUCCACAAUCAGGAGACCUCCCUCUACAAACUCUGUACAGCAGCAAUGGUGGUGAUACUUAUGCCUGGGGAUUCAGAGCCAGUUCUGAUUCUGGGAAGGUUAUUUUUCACAAUCCUGGAAUGCAAGAAGAUCCUGCUUGUGGGCCUCUCUUGGAUGCUGUAGCUAUCAAAGAACUUUUUCCUCCGAAGCCCACCAAAGCAAACUUGGUCAGAAAUAAUGGUUUUGAGGAGGGUCCUCAUCGCCUGUUCAACUCUUCCCAUGGUGUCCUGCUGCCUCCAAAACAGGAAGAUCUUACGUCUCCACUUCCUGCUUGGAUUAUUGAAUCCCUCAAGGCUGUGAAGUUCAUAGACUCGAAGCAUUUCAGCAUUCCCUUUGGACAUGCAGCAGUGGAACUUGUUGCAGGCCGAGAGAGCGCCAUUGCACAAAUCAUCAGGACAGUCCCCAACAAGGUCUAUAAUAUUUCAUUCACUGUGGGAGAUGCAAAGAAUGGUUGCCAUGGAUCAAUGAUGAUUGAAGCAUUUGCUGCUAAAGUUACCAUGAAAGCCCCCUUCAAGUCGGAAGGAAAGGGGAAGUUUCAGACUUUCAGAUUCCAGUUUAAAGCAGAAUCAUUCAGGACCAGAUUAACUUUCUUCAGCUCUUUUUAUCACACCAAGGUCAAUGACUUUGGAACUCUUUGUGGCCCUGUUCUCGAUGAAGUUAUUGUAAUUGCUGCAGCUAAGAGUUAAUCUCCCCACAUCAAGCCGCAUGAGGAGCUUCUAUGUUAUGUUUAAUAGAGUUCUUGAAGUGAACAUUCAUAAUCUUCGUUUGUAGUCUAGCCAUCGAUAUAGCACAAGCUGCAGUUCUGUAAUCGUAUAAAACUAUGUUAGUGCUGAAUGAUUUGGUACUUGUUUAUGCUCCUUCGGUUCAUUAUUGUUUUCACUUGAAAUUCUGCAUCAUGUUAGAGAAAUAAGUGAUAAAUUCCAUGUGGUUAUGUUA